ACUGUCAGGGUUAAACAAGUUCGAUCAAGUUUUAGCAGUCAUGGCGCUUUUGCUUCCUCUGUUUCUUCUCUCUUUCAUGGUUACCUACUCAAACGCAGCGGUUUGUGUGUGCAAGGAUGCGAGCGAGCUGGAUCUUCAGAAGGUGAUAGACUUUGCGUGUGGAGGAGGUGCUGACUGUACUCAGAUUCAGACGACCGGAGCUUGUUAUCAACCAAACACCGUCAAGAACCACUGUGACGUCGCCGUUAACAGCUACUACCAGAAGAAAGCUUCUACCGGUGCCACCUGUGACUUUAACGGCGCCGCCGUCAUCUCCACUUCCCCUCCUUCGACUACGUCAAACUGUUUAUCUAGUUCCAGCUCAAACGGAACCCCCACUGCCGGAUAUCCAUCAACCGGCAAUUCAACCACCGCAGCUCCAGGCACCACAAAUCCAACCACAGGAAAUUCAACAAGCAGCACACUACCCACUGAUGAUAAGCCGACAUCAUCUACGAUAGCAUUUCCUAACACUACUAUGGGACCGUCCAGCAGCACCAGCGGUUUCGGUGUAGGUGAUCCCAACGGUGGAGAAGAGCUCUCCGUCCGAAGCACGAUGAUGAUUGUCUUGCUAACUACCAUCGCUGCCGUGGCAUUGAGGGUUUAGGUGAGAUCAUCUCAGAUGAUGACAAGGACGUUUAUUUGUUAUGAGAGCCAAGUUAGAGCUUCUCUUUCUUCCCACUUUUUAAUCUUUGUAGGGUUGUGACUCUCUCUCUCUCUCGAAAACCUUAAUCAAGAGACAAGAGCUUUUGUUGGCUUUCUUUUGUAAAUUUAGAAAAUUUGAGGAAUAUCAUGGGGAAGCACGGUAGAUGUCCGUAAUUUACACUAAGUGUUUCUUCGUAUUCAAAUAAAUAAUUAGAAUAAGU